ACGACGCCGACCACGACAUGACUCUGUCCUGCGCCGUCGCCAGCUCCUCUCGCAGUAUAGCUGCAACGUCAAGGUCGCUAUGCGGUACAUGCCAGCCUGCUAGACCAUUGGUCCAAACGCGUCUCGUAUCGUCUUCACCGUACGGUCGUACGCACGUCUGGAAACGUCGUCCAAACAAACUGCCCAAUCCUAUCGUUCCCCAAUUUCCGCAGAAAGUAGUACGCUCGGACGGAUCAACCUUCAUUCACUGGACAACGUCUCCCCGUUCACUUAUCCGCCUAACUCGCGAUGUUACCAAUAAUCCUUUAUGGAACACGGCUAUGAUGAGAGCGCAAGGCGCUGAGGAGGAGAGUGAGACCACCGGACGGCUCGGCAGAUUCAGCAGGAGAUUUGGGGGAGGCGCGCAGGAAGGGGUCGUGGACUGGGAGAAUUUCAGCGAGCUGGCAGAGAGCGAGAAGGCUUCCGCAGGUGCGGGCGACCCGAAAGCUAGCAAGUCGUGAUGACUUCCAGUGGCUACCACGGAUUCCCGGCCGUUCUACAUUAUAUCUGGAUCUUCUUGUCAAAGGCAUAUACCGUCAUAAUGGUACGCAUACGGGACACGCUCAGGGCAAUGCAACGUCGGGACUUUUCCUUUCCUUACCGAGUCGAUGGAAAUGCAUGCGCACGCCUCAAAGUUCUCGCAUCUCCGUCGGUUUUAUCUCAAACGCUAUG